AUGGAGCAAGCGCAGGUGCAACGCAGCAUGAGUGUUGCAGACGCAGGUGCCGCAGCGCCGGGCGUGGUGGAGCUGAAGCUUCCGGAGAAGGGGGAGCCGAUACAGGUACAGAUCGCAGACACGCACCGGCGGGCUCUCUGGAGGCUGCUCCGCUCCUCCGUGACGAUGCUGAUCAUGGUGGCGGGGGUCACGGUCUUUGCGGAGGGCCUUGCUGGCAACGUGCAGAAGGGCUUCGGCAUGGGUUCCAAGAAGGUGACGCCGGUAGAGGAAGUGAAUACAACCUUUGACGAUGUCAAGGGCUGCGACGAGGUCAAGGAGGAGCUGCAGGAAAUCAUCCUCUACCUCCGGGACCCCGACCGCUUCACGCGCCUCGGCGCCAAGCUGCCCAAAGGCGUGAUGAUGUCGGGGGCACCGGGCACGGGCAAGACAUUGCUGGCGCGUGCCAUCGCAGGGGAGGCCGGCGUGCCCUUCUUGCAGGCCUCCGGCUCGGAGUUCGAGGAGAUGUUCGUGGGCGUGGGCGCGCGCCGCAUCCGCGACCUCUUCCAGGAGGCGCGGAAGCACGCGCCCUGCAUCGUCUUCAUCGACGAGAUCGACGCGGUGGGGUCCAAGCGCUCCAAUCGGGACAACACCGCGGUGAGGAUGACGCUGAACCAACUCCUGGUGGAGAUGGACGGCUUCGAAAACAACAACGGCGUGGUGGUGAUAUGCGCCACCAACUUCCCUGAGUCCUUGGAUAAGGCGCUGACGCGGCCUGGUCGUCUGGACCGGCAGAUCGUGGUGCCUAUCCCCGACCUCAAGGGGCGCAUAGAGAUCCUUGAGAUGUAUGCUGCCAAGCUGCUGCUGGACACGAAUGUGAACCUGAAGACGCUUGCGCGCCGGACCGCCGGCAUGACAGGUGCUGACUUGGCAAACAUCCUGAACAUCGCGGCGGUGCGCUCGUCGGCCGAUGACCUGCCUUGCGUGGGCCUGGCCUGUUGGACGGGGGACGUGGGCGCCGCCGAAAGUCGCACCGGACAGAUCCCCACGAAGUACCUCGAAGAGGCCUUCGACCGCGUGGUCGUGGGCCCGGGGCCCAGCGAGAUGCGGGAUGUGGCGCAACUGGCCCUCAGCCGCUAG